AACGACGAGGCCCCUCUUUCAUCCAAGAUCCAUUCCAUCCCCUCUCCCCUGUUCACAGUGUCAGUGUGCUCCAGAUCAAUCCCUAAAAUCGGCUCUUUCAGAUUCAUAUGCUCCUAAUUCAAACUUUGAUUCUCAUUCUUCGUUACGGUUCUAAUCCUUUCGGCGAGCAGGAAGUGAACCCAUUUGCAAAGACUGCAUUUUCUGUAAACCAUGAAGAGGCCGAUACCAUGGAAGGAUCAGGUGGAUGUCAUAUUAUCAGAUGAAGAAGCAAAUGAUGAUGGAUCUGACAGCAAGCAGUCAAACAAUACUAUGGCAAUUGAUCAACCUGUCAAAGAAAACAUCUCUGAUGUGAUCAGAAGGGCGCAAAUGUAUCAAGAAUACAUGAAGCAGCUUCCAAUUCCCACCCACCGCGGUUCACUUGUUCCAUUUACCUCAUGGACAGGAUUAGCCAAAUCCAUUAAGCUCUUAUACGGGCAACCCCUGCAUUACCUCACCAACAUUCACCUAAUGCAGUUGGACAAAAUGAGAAUUGGCAGUGAGGAUGAGAAUAAACCAUUAGAUAUAAUCAUUCAUCCCAGUAAAGCGGAAGCCAGCAUUUGGCUGACUGAAGAAGUUCAUAGGCUCACCACUUCUCAUCAUCAUCUAGCAAAGCUCUGGCUCGCUGAUCCAACGCCCCAUGCUUAUAUUGAUCCCAUUUUCCCCAAACUAUGAACGUGACAUGGGAAACUAUUACUUCCAGCCCUAGUGCUUGUUUGUAAAUUUCCUCUGUUCUUUUUCUCUCUUCUUAGACGUGUAUGGAACCUCUCUAUGGAUCAUUGUAUUGAAUAACGUGGUGCUUAAUUUUUCAAUUCACUUCUGGCACUUGCUAAUUUCUGGCUAC